AUGUGGCUCCUUGACACCCAAACACUCAAAUUGCAGGAAAUCGUCGAUCCAUCAACCGUCAACUAUGCGAUUCUCUCGCACACGUGGGAGCACGAUGAAGUGUCAUUCCAAGACAUUUCCGACCUCGACACGGCUCGCAAGAAGGCCGGCUUCUCCAAAAUCUCAAAGACCUGCGAAUUAGCCCGUCAAAGGAGCAUACCAUAUGCUUGGGUUGAUACUUGCUGCAUCGACAAGUCAAGUAGUGCUGAACUGAGCGAAGCCAUCAACUCCAUGUUCCAAUGGUACAAGCUUUCCGCCGUAUGCUUUGUGUACCUGUCGGAUUUCACAUUUGACGUUCCGUUUUCCUCCUUCACUACGUACACUGUGGAAGAGAAGGCGCUCAACAGUUCCAGGUGGUUCACUCGUGGCUGGACUUUGCAGGAGUUGAUCGCCCCCAGCUCUGUUACAUUUUACAACACACGGUGGAAAGCGUUGGCAACCAAGAAUGAGCUUGCUGAAAAGCUGGAGCGCAUUACGAGCAUUCCCCAUGCCGUAUUGGAGUCUAGACAAUUACUACGUACGGUUCCGGUCGCAGUGAAAAUGUCGUGGGCAGCUCAUCGGAAGACGAAACGAAUCGAAGAUCAAGCUUACUCUUUGCUUGGAAUCUUCGACAUCAAUAUGCCCAUGUUGUAUGGGGAGGGCUCCAGGGCGUUCCGUCGGCUCCAGGAGGAGAUUGCAAGAGAGACCAACGAUCUCUCUUUAUUUGCAUGGCAAGCAAAAGAGAGAGGCCCUGAUGGCUCACUUAUAGCUUCUCGCAAGCCAGAGUUUCGAGGAAUCCUGUCCCGUUCACCAGAAGAGUUCGUUGAUGGCCCGAAACUGCAUCGAAAUACGAAUGAUGAGGACGUAUGCGACUUUUCGCUUGCGAACAAGGGUGUUCGAAUUGACACGACGUUUCGGAAAGGAAAGAACGGCAUCUAUGUCAUGAACUUGGGACUCUCAGACUCAGAAACUGGUGCAGACGUUUGUAUUUCACUCGUACGCACGGCUGAUGGGUUUGUUCGUUCCCAUCCAUGGUCCCUAUUCUGCGAUAUCGAUGAUGCAUUCCCCAAGAACCAGGCUUUUACGGCUUACGUCAGGAAAGACGUAGACCUUGAUGAAGAAUCAUGGAUCAAGAGGAGAUUGCACAGAUCCUUCCACAUCAACAUCACUCUUCCACCAUCUUUAGAGGUUGAUUUCAUCAAUCCACACCCGAGGCAAUUUUGGGAUGACUUCUUCAGCACCUUUGUAAGACCAAACCCAUCCGAAAGCUUCGGGGCUUCCAUUGAUAUCGGCAUUAAAGGGGUCGAUAGCGGCCCAGAUGUGAGGUAUCCCAUGCGCAUCACCUUGGCAUGGUCGAAAUUGACCAACAGAGUUCACGCGGUCAUCCACAGUACGGAGCAUCCCAUAGAAGAUGAAUCGCAGGGGCAGAAGUUCAGAACCCCUGGUCGUCGUAUGGUCUUGGGUAGGCUCCGUGACGAGAUUCCUUCGUUCAAAAAGGACGACAGCUUCGGCAAGCCCACCACCAGCAUAGAGGACCGAGUAAAGUCGAUGUCUGAACAUACUAGAUCUCACUUCGAGAAGGUGUACUUUGUCGAUGAGGAAAGCAACGAGCAGCUCCAAGACUCUAAGGCCAAACUCGCCCGAGUAACAACGUUCGAAAUCAGCCUCGAGACAUGCAGUGACUUUCUCUUCACUGAGUACUACAUUUUAGUAACUGGGCAAGUUCGCGUGAUGGAUCUCGCAACCGUUCUCGGAACUGACCAGUUUCGAAACCUCUUGGCUCUUGGUGUCUAG